UUUUUUUUUUCUUUUCAACUUUUCCCCUCUAGACAACAUAUAAUGCGUACCUUGGUAUUACUAUCGCCUAUAUUACUCAGUACUUUGUAUUUAUUUAAUGUCACUAACGCGCAACAACAACAAGAAGAACGCUUUGAUGAACAAUUAGAAUUGACCACUUUACCUGAUGGUAAACUUUUGGCACAUUUCGAGUUUACCACACAUGUUGAAGCAAGUACUACAACGGAUGCCUCAAUACUUGAUUAUAGUCUAUUUCCCAAAGUGAUUGGUCAAGUACUCCAAACCUAUCAAGUACGUGAUAUGCAUCUGACUUUUACACAAGGACGCUGGUUAUAUGAAGAAUGGGGUUAUCCACCAUUAUCGUCCUCAGGUACUGGAGUAGAACUAUGGGCUUGGAUGAAUGAUUCUGGAAGUGUGGAUAAGAACUGGAAAUCGUUGACAAAUGUAUUAUCCGGAUUAUUUUGUGCAUCUUUGAAUUUUAUCGAUGAAACUUUGACAAAUGAACCAAGAUUAUCAUUUCGUCCUGAACCCAUCAAAGGCAACAAGGAUAAUACCACUACUACUUUUUACAAUGAUAAUUUGAAUGACACAAGGUUACGAUAUGGCGCUUUACCUCAUGAAAAUGUGUGUACUGAAAAUUUAACACCAUGGAUCAAAUUACUUCCGUGUAAAUCCAAAGCUGGCGUUGCGACAUUAUUGAAUGCUCACAAGAUAUAUAACUCCAACUUUCACUCCAUGUCAAUUCAUGCAGCUUCUAUAUGCAAGGAUCAAGAUUGUACUGAACGAAUACUACAAUUGAAACAAACUGUCACUUCUGUUAUGGAUCCUGUCAGAGAAACAAGCCGUAGAGAUUGGUCCUUAUCUUCUAUAUUUGAUCGCCAAGUCUCAGGAUCUUGUCCAAUGGCAAAAACAAGUCAAGUCAAGGUUAUCACUAAAGAAGCAGCGUCAUCUUAUCAAUUACAACCUCCUCCUAUCAAUACAAUCACUAUUGAAUCAACACCGCCUUCUUUCUUGGCCCUUUAUGACCUGCAUCAAGUAUCAUCAAAUGAAGAAUUAAAUAUUAGAAUGACAUGGCCCGAAUCUGUAUUUGAAUACCCACUAGAACUUCAUUCGAAGCCAUUGGUAACUGCUCAUCGAUAUUUUACGGGAUAUGGUCAAGAACAUGGUGGAUUACGCAUUACUGUACACAAUGAUCAUCCUGAAGAACAUGUACCUGUAACAUAUUUUGAUUCCAUUCCAUGGUUCCUUCGACUUUAUCUCCAUUCACUCAAAAUACAAAUCAAUCAACAAGGAAAGAAGAUGGAUGAAGCAGAUAUCAUUCAAGAUAUGUUUUAUCAACCUGGCAUUGAUCGAUCUCGACCCAAUGUAUUGGAAUGUCAAUUAUUACUUCCUCCUCAAUCUGUGGUAAUUUUGACAAUUGAUUUUGAAAAAGUAUUUUUAAAAUAUACAGAACAUCGGCCUGAUGCGAAUCGAGGUUUUGACGUGGGAUCUGCUGUGAUAACUGUAUGGGAUAACAAGAGUCAUGAACUUCAGACAAGGAUAUAUACUGAUACAUUAUUAGUUAGUCUUCCUACGCCUGAUUUUAGUAUGCCUUACAAUGUGAUUACUUUGACUUGUACUGUCAUUGCUUUAUUUUUUGGUUCUAUCUUCAAUUUACUUAUUCGUAACUUUGUAAUGGUGGAUGACAAGGAAGAUUAAUCUAAUAUUAUGCAUAUUACAAUAAUAAUAAAACAAUGGUUUUUUAGAAAAAGAGAUUUUACUAGUUGGUUUUGAAUCUCCGUACGUGA